GUGCAGCAAAAAUAUCGAUACCUCCAUUAGCCAUUUGAACACUCUCUACGACCCACAUUUUAGAUACGGGAAUCGAGGCUAAGCAACACAUAGCAACUAGCAAGUAGCUAAUGAAAUUUGGUUAAAAUUGGAUAAUCAUGAGGAUUCGAUUCUAACUUCUUUAAAAUCUUCCUAUUGCACGAAGUGUGCCUAGCUUAGUUGGUUAUGUUUUUUUGAUGAAAUCUGUCUAUAAGUUGACUUGGCACAUUUACGGUUAUUUAUUAUUUUAAUACGCCCUCCGUUUCAGAAUAUAGAGAGUUUUAGAGUUGGACACGGUUAUUAAGAAAGUAAGUAGAAUUAAAUAGGAAGUGUUAACGACAAAAUUUGGUAAGCCCGGAGCAAUCAUCGGCUUAGAGUCAGUAUUGACUUCAAAAUCCUAGAAUCGACCGAUGGAAACUAUCAAUCGCCAACAGUUGUAUUCUUGAUGGAUUCGGGUAAAGAUCAAUUAAAUGAAGCUUAUCUAGAAGAGUCCAAGUUCAAGGAGGAUGCGACAUGGCAGUUUAUCUAUUAAUUAGGUAGGGUUUAGUUUCCUUUUAUCUUUAGGAAAGUGUCUUUAGUAUCCGAUAAGGAGUUUAUGUUUUCCCUUUAUCUUUAGUAAAGUUUCUUUCUUAUCUUACAAGGACUAUACUACUCAUGGGUAUAAAUAUGUAUACCCGGGGUCAUUGUAAUUUAUCUCUCGAUCAAUACUACUCCGGCGCAUCACCACCCUCCUUUCUGAGGUUUUACUUAUCAACCGGCGGAAUUUGGCACCUGACACGGGGCUGCAUCGGUUCAGUUCGAUCUUCGACAAAGGGGUAAGUCCUACGUUCCGUCGGCCCUGGUGAAUCUAUCGGCUACAUUGGUGUUGUUCAAGGCUGCAUCGCUUCGAUCUCUUGGAUCGCUCUGGUUUGGUUGAUAUAUUUGCCUACCUGAUAUCUCAAUUAUAUCUCUUGCAUUGUGUUUAGAGGCGCAUCGGUUUAGUUGGGAUUGUCUUGGUUAGAUCCGAUCUUCUGUCUUAGCCGAUAUAUCUCUAUAAUUACAAUGUUGUUAUAAACAGAUUUGUUAUAUUCAUCACAUUAGAUAGAUCUAUCGGCUCAUCGGUUAGGUCCGACCUACUAGAUUGUUGUUGAUAAUAGAAAUCUUGUUAAGCCGAUAGGUUGAUGCUAAUGUUUUAUCAGGGUGCUAGCCGAUAAGUUAAUGCUAGUGUUUUAUCGGGGUGCUAGCCGAUAAGUUAUCUGGACAUUGCAUCGGCUUACAAAGAUUACAUACAAAUUGGAUUUAGCCGAUUGCAACAAAGGUUUCACUGUUUAUCUAAAUUGAUUGGAUUUUAUGACAUCGGAAUUUUAGCCGAUGUAUGCUUUAACCAUCGAAUCAAUACUUAUCAUAUCAUAUUAUUAUUAGUCGAUUGGUUUCUAUUGGAUUAUAUUAUUGUUGGGGCAUUUGCAAAUUUGCCACCGUUUUUUUCAAUUUUGCAAGGAUGCCACUCGAAUGCCAGUUCUAGUGGCAUUUUUGCAAUUUUCUAGUGGCAGUUUUGCAAUAACGAUUCAAAGCAGUGGUAAAAUUGCAAUUUCCCCUUUUUAUUAUCAUCAACCGAUUGUCUUUAUAUCAUUAUCUGCAUUGGACAUAUAGCCGAUUGCUCAAAACCCUAUCGACAUCGGCUGGAAUCGGUAUCAGCUAAUAUCGGCUAUCGACUAGAAUUAUUCCAUCGGCUUGUCAGCCGAUCGACUGUCUUAUUUGAUGUUUACAUGUCUUGUCAGUUGCAGGAUCAAACUGACUGGCACGUCCGCAUCUCAUCAACAUCUUGGACCUACACUGGAGCUAAGCAGAUCUCCCAGGCCGUAUGUUUUUUUGCAUCAACAGGAAGGGGUUGUGAUUGCUUGAGAAGUGGGGGUAGGUGGGAAAAGUAAAUGGUGGAGAAGUUGUUAUAUUUUGUGACAAAUCCUUAGUGCUAAAGUUAUUAUAUUUUGGGACAGAGAGAGUAAUAGGUAAUCCAUUGGUAACAUGAUGGCUGUAAUAACUUUGUCAAUCUUAAGAUAUAUCAGUUCAGUCUUUGGAGAAUGUGCUCAUAUAGGUAAUGUAUGCAUGUAUGACGUUUUUAGGCAGGGCGGCUAGGGCUUGGGCCCUAGGCUUGCCUUUAAAAACUUGCUUAAAUUUUGUUGAUUCACCAUGUAAAUUUUUCAGAAAACUAAUACUCCGUUAGUCGAGCCCUACUUUAGCCCUAGUCUUAUAUAAUUUCUGGCUCCACCACUGUUUUUAGGGAUGCACACACGUGUCUUUCAGGGUCUGCGACUGUAUCGUGUUUCGAAAAAAGAACUUAUUUCUAUCGAUUUAUUACUAUAUAAGAGUUAGAAGUGUCAUAGAGUGAUUUUAAGCUAUUUGACUAGUCACACGUUACGCUACAAACUCUAUGUACCGAUCACUUUACUUCAAGGCACAUUAUUCACCACACCUAACAUCUCUGGGAGCAUUAAUCACGUCACCUAGCAUCUCUGGAAAUAAAUCUACGUUAAUACAAUUUCGAGUAGUUUUGAGGGUCAUUUUUGAAAAAACCACACCAAUGUGAAAUACCCAAAUUGCCCAUUUUGCCCUAGAUAUUUCAAUCCCCUUCCCCUCUCGCUAUUCCCCAUUUUCCCUUUCAUCUGGCGGCGGCGAGAGGCGGGAACUCCGGGACGAGGGCGCCACCACCAAAAUUUCGUUCGAAAACCUCCUCCCCUCCCCCUCCGCCCGCGCCGCCGUCCUCCGGCGAGCGAGCAUCCGCCUCCUUCCCGCCGCCGGAGCGAACCCCCUCCUCCGAGGAUCCUUCUCCCCCCCUCACACACACCCCCGUCGUCGUCUUCUCGUUUCUCUUGCGCUGUUAGUGAGAUUGUGCGUGGUGCCUCCUUUACUCGAUGUUUUAUCCAGUCUGAAAUCGAGUUCACUGGUGCAGACCCCCGCCGCUGUCUCGGCCUCUCGAUCUGGUCUCCUCCAAAUCCUCUGAUUGCUUAAUCCUCUUCAGUCUCGCGGCAGCAGGCGAUUGAACAUUGAAGGGACUAGUGUGUCAUGGGUGUAGCUGUACAUCUACUUUCAAAUAGUAUUUGAUGUAGAGCAUGUGUCAGUGGAUACUCAUUUCCAGGAAAGAUCAUUUCAUGUGAGGUAUUCUGUGGUGUAUUGUGCAAGACUAUGAUGGAGUGCAACCGCGAAGAGGCCUUUAGGGCCAGGGAAAUUGCUUUAAGAAAGAUGGAAAACAAAGACUUCAAUGGUGCCCAAAAGAUUGUUCUUAAAGCUCAAAAGCUUUUCCCAGAGCUUGAGAACAUAUCCCAGCUGUUAAAUAUCUGUCAUGUACAUUGUGCAGCAGAAGCAACGGUAAAUGGACAGACGGACUGGUAUGGAAUCCUUCAAGUGGAGGCGACAGCAGAUGAGGCUACCAUAAGAAAGCAAUACCGCAAGCUUGCCUUUUCACUUCAUCCUGACAAAAAUAGUUUCGCUGGCGCUGAAGCUGCUUUCAAGUUGGUUGCUGAAGCUCAUUCACUAUUGUGUGAUCCAACAAAACGUCCUAUUUAUGACAUCAAAAGGAAUAAUAUUCCCAGAAAGGCUCCAAAGCAAGCUACACGGCCCACAAAGAAAACUCAGGCAAACAAAUACAGUGUACCUGUAUACUUACAUGCAUUUUGGACAAUGUGCCCACAUUGUCAGAUGCGAUAUCAGUACUACAACAAUGCCAUAAAUACUACUGUCUGUUGUAUGAACUGCAGAAGGAAUUUUUUUGCAUACAACCUGCAAGAACAGCCUGUGCCUACACCAAAUGUACCUUAUAGUUCUCAAUUUCCAGCAAACAUGUUUCCAAAUCAACGGCGUGAUCCCAUCAGUCGACAGGGCCACCCUGUGAAGCUUUCUUGCACAGGUGGAAACACAGAUGUGAGGCCGGGGACAUAUAGCUGGCCAGGCAGUGAUGAGAGAACUAUUCAGUCAGAGAUGACAAGGGGGAAAGAUCAAUUUCCAGCAAGGAAUCAAGAUAAAUAUUCUGUACCAACAGCAAAUGGGAAUUCAGGUGGAUGUUCAAUACCAGUUCCUGAUUGUCCAGACACUAUUGACAGGCAAAAGUUGGGUAGAGAAGAUGCAUCUGUUGCACCUGCUAUGAAUGUGCCUGGUCAUUCGAAGCUUCAUUCGACAGGUGGAGGCACAAAUGCCAAACCACGGGUAAAUGUGGCACAAUGGAAGGAAACCACAAAAGAGGAUAGCAGUGCAAGUGUUGAAAAGAAAGCAAACCAGUCAAUGAUGAAUCAAAGAAAAUCUUCUGCCCAAACUGCAAAUGAGAAUGCCAGUGGAAGAUUCAAGCCAGACCAUGCUGAUCCAAAUGUUUUUGACAGAAAGAACUUUGGUACAGAAGAUUCAUUUCCAGUGCCCAAUUCUGCAGUACCCUCCAGUCUCCGGAGAUCAGCUAGGAGAAAGCAAGAUGCUGGUGACAACGGCAGCAUGAACUCCAAGGUCAGAAAGAAGCAAAAGAAGAAUAAUGUGCUAUCUGAUGUUGACUUGAAUUGCCAGCAAAUAUUCAACAAUAAUGGCACUAGUGGUGACAAACAAUCUGCUCCACCUCAUGUGUCGAGCACAGUAGACAUUCAAGAUAAAACAAAAGUUACAGAUGCAGAUAGUAAGACCAAGGCAGAAUCUACUGAUACUGCUGGUUGGAAUGUGCCUUCCUGCUUUGAAAAACUAUCAUUCCCUGAUCCAGAUUUCUAUGAUUUUGAGAAGCUCAGGGAUAUCAAUAUGUUCGCAGUUGGUCAGAUAUGGGCCCUUUAUGAUGACCUUGAUGGCAUGCCAAGAUUUUAUGCUCGAAUUAAACAUUUUGAUGCAUCCAACUUCAAAGCUCAUCUCACUUGGUUGGAGUACAAUGCAGCAAGUGAAGAAGAGAAGAAAUGGACUGAUGAAGAACUACCUGUUGCUUGUGGUAAGUUUUGCUUAGGGUCAACAGAGGUAUCACAUGACAGACUCAUGUUCUCUCACAUUGUUUCAUGGACAAAAGGCAAAAAGAGGAAUGCCUAUGAAGUAUAUCCUAAUAAGGGUGAGGUAUGGGCGCUUUAUAAGGAUUGGAGCAUGCAGUGGAAUUCAGAUGCAGACAGCCAUCGGUCUUAUGAGUAUGAAGUUGUUGAAAUCUUGUCAGAUUUCUCAGUUAAUGAUGGUAUCACUGUUGUCCCAUUAGUCAGGAUUAAAGGCUUUGUGAGUUUAUUUGCGGCGGCUAAAGACAAAUCCACAAAUGUGAUAGUGUCGAGUGAGUUGCUUCGAUUUUCUCACAGUAUCCCCUCUUAUAGGACAAAUGGAAAUGAGAAAGUAGGUUCCCCAGCAGGGUUUAUAGAACUUGACACUGCUUGUCUCCCCAAUGACAUGGAUAUAAUAUUUCCUUCUGUCCCCCUGGAAUCUUACAUCUCCCUUGGCAAGAAAGAGGACAGUACGAUCAUUGAUUUGACCAAUGAUAGUACAAGUAGUAGAAUGGAUCCUGGAAAUGAGAAAAAGGAGAAUCUGCCUGAAGCACAUAUUUGCCGCCCAGUGUCUACAGAAAAUCAUGAAAGUCUUUCUUAUGAGAAAAACACAUCCUUGCCCAAAAAUGGCCAUGAUGCCAACGGUUUUGGCAAUUCUUCUGAGCCAAGCUGUCCCUCCCCAAGUAUUUAUUCAUAUCCUGAUUCAGAAUUCCAUAACUUCGAGGAAGGCCGCACAUGUGAGAAGUUUGAACCUGGACAAAUUUGGGCUUUAUACAGUGAUGCUGAUAAAUUUCCCAAGUUCUAUGGUUGGAUAAGCAAAGUCGAGCUACAACCAUUCAGAGUACAUUUGAUCUGGCUUGAAGCUUGUCCUGAACAGGAGCAGGAGAAACAGUGGUUGGAUCAGGACAUACCAGUCUGCUGUGGCAAAUUUAAAAUUCGGACCUGGAAAGCCCAAUAUGAGACAACUGAUACUUUCUCUCAUUUAGUGCACACGGGACAGAGGGACUCAACAUGGCAGAUUGACAUUCUUCCACAAGUAGGCGAAAUUUGGUGUAUCUACAUGAACUGGACAUCUGACUGGACUCCUUCCAGCAUAGAUAUGUGCGAGUUCGCCAUCGGCGAGAUCAUUGAGUGCACGGAAGCACUUAUAAAAGUUUCUCUGCUGACCCAAGUUAAUGGCUACAGAGCGGUGUUUAAGCCUGACAGGCAAAGUGGAGUUCUGGAGAUACCUAAAAGAGAUCGUUUGAAGUUUUCUCAUCAAAUACCAUCCUUCCGUCUGACAGAAGAAAGAGGUGGCAAGCUCCGUGGCUUCUAUGAGCUUGAUCCAGCCUCUGUUCCUGACGUUUUCCUCUACAGGGACACCCCAUGACUUGCCAACGUCAAAGCAGACUCUUGAAGUAGUAGAACUGAAAUCUGGUCUUAAUUAUAAUAUAUCCUGAUAUAUGCUGCUAUCCAUUUUCUGUGUACAUGUAUGCCUGAUCUGUUGUUUAUUCAGAAUCCUGCUACUAACUUUUGAAAUUCUAUAGCCUAUGCUACUUGGCAAUUGUCAUGUUUUGCGGUUUUGCCCAAGGAUAAGACCUGUUCAAAACCAUCAUAAUAUAUGGGUUGCAACUUGCAAGCAAUUAGUAUUGCUCUUUCUGAAGUUAUAUGUGUUUAUUGUUUUUCCUAGAGUCAUGUGGGUCUUACAUAACUUUGGCUCCUGACUACCGUUGAAACUGUGCAGCAUUGUCUGCAUGACCAUUGUAUGUACCAUCAAUGUUUCUACUUUCUGUGACUAAUCUGUUCUAAAAUUUGGCUGCAAUGUAUGAAUUCUGCUGCUGUACAUA